AUGGAUUAUACACUUGAGCCCAAUGUGACAAUAACUGACUACUACUAUCCUGAUAUCAUCUCAAGCCCUUGCGAUGGGGAGCUUAUCCAAAGAGAUAGCAAGUUGCUUCUUGCCGUCUUUUACUGCCUCCUGUUUGUGUUUGGUCUUCUGGGAAACAGCCUGGUCAUCCUGGUCCUUGUCACCAGCAAGAAGCUGAGGAGCAUCACAGACAUAUACCUCUUGAACCUGGUCCUGUCUGACUUGCUUUUUGUCUUCUCCUUCCCCUUUCAGACCCAUUAUGAGCUGGACCAGUGGGUGUUUGGGGCUGUAAUGUGCAAGGUGGUCUCUGGCUUUUAUUACAUUGGCUUCUUUAGCAGCAUGUUCUUUAUCACCCUCAUGAGCGUGGACAGGUACCUGGCAGUUGUCCAUGCUGUAUACGCCAUGAAAGUGAGGACGACCAGAAUGAGCAAAGCCCUGAGUCUGGCAGUGUGGCUGAUUGCCCUUGUGGCCACCAGCCCAUUACUAGUAUUUUACCAAGAGACCUCUGAAGAUGGUGUUCUACAGUGUUAUUUGUAUUACAGUCAAGAGACGCUGAAGUGGAAGAUCUUCAUCCACUUUGAAAUGAAUAUCUUAGGCCUGUUGAUCCCAUUCACCAUACUUAUGUUCUGCUACAUUAGCAUCCUGCACCAGCUGAAGAGUUGCCAGAACCACAACAAGACCAAGGCCAUCAAGCUCGUGCUCAUUGUUGUGGUUGUCUCUUUAGUCUUCUGGGUCCCGUUCAAUGUAGUACUCUUCCUUGCUUCCCUGCACAGCAUGCACAUCUUGGAUGGAUGCAUCAUGAGCCAGCAGUUGAUCUAUGCAACCCAUGUCACAGAAACCAUUUCCUUCACCCACUGCUGUGUGAACCCUAUUAUCUAUGCGUUCAUGGGUGAGAAUUUCAAGAAACACCUCUCAGAAAUAUUUCAGAAAAGUUGCAGCCACAUCUUCUUCUACAUAGGGAGACAAACCUCUAGGGAGGCCUGGGAAAGGUCAUCCUCCUAUCAGCACUCCUCCCAUCCCUCCAGUAUAGACUACAUUUUGUGAGGCAGGUACCUUA